AUGUACAUGAAACAUGUUGACACUGACAUUAAACAUAAAUCCAUGAGAAAUAUGACGCUGUAUUGGAAAUAUAUUUUGUUAAUGUUACACGAAUUGAUAAGAGACUCCUUUCAAUCUAUCGCUGGCGUCACUUACAUGGACGAUUUCGACUUCGCAGAUAGAUACAGGGAUAUAAAUGAAUGCAAUCCCUUCUACUGGCACCCCCUCCAUCUUCCAGAAGCCUGCGCUGAAAUGUUCAAUAAAUUAAUCCGCUCACGUGUAAGUUCGAUGAUGCCUUUAAGAAUAAUGACAAGAAAGUAUAAUACGAAACCAGUUUAUAAAUAUCAAUCGGUGCCUACGUAUGAUACUGAAAUUAUGGAUAUCCCGUUUAAUUAUGAAAAUGCAUUCACGACACCGUAUGAAAAAAUGUUAUACCUUAUGUGGAAAGACGCUGUAAAUUUACCAACUGCGCCUAAAAUCACGUCGCUACCGUUUUUGGGCCCAGUGGCUUUUUACCAUCAGCCAAUAUCUAAAAAAAGUAAAGAUAUGGUAAAAUACAUAGCAAAAGCUUACAGGUAUUCAGGUAUUGGUUACAAUCAAUUUCCUCUCAAACUUGAUAAUUGCACUCAGUUGCCUCCAAAAGAAGAACAUAACGAAAAAGAAAAUGAACACAUUGGUCAGAAUAUAAAAAGGUCUGGUAGACCUAAAAAAAAGUAUCAUAUAAAAAAGAUAAUAAGAAAUGGGAAUAUUGUAACAAUUUUGAAAAGUAAACACAAUUAACAUGGAACAUAAACCCACUUUAACUGGAGUUUAUUCUGGAGAAUUAUAUGAAAUGACCAUAUUUAUUCG